AUGACGAACGGGAUACUUCGACUCGUUUUUGUCGCGUUGAUUGCCAGACGUGACGUUUUCUCACUGAAAUGUUACUCCUGCGAUUCCAACAUAAAUCCCAGCUGUGGGCGCCAGUUCGAUUCUACCAAGGUUGAUUCGUGUUCUGGUAAUUUCUGCUGGAUAAACGAAACUUGGAAAGGCGCUGCUAGUUAUCCGCCACCUGCCGACGUUUCUAUAACUUCAAUCAGAGCAUGCGCCAAUUCGUCGUCAAUAUAUUUUAUGGUGAACACUAACAACGGGGUUUACUACACAGAGACCUGUAGCGACCGGGACUAUUGCAAUGGACCCCCACCAUCAAGUUCUAACAGCAGCAUACCUAUGAGCUGUUACUUCUGCAGCGGUGAUGGUUGCAGCGUUCCUCUGGCGAACAUGGCCAAGUGUAAUGGUCCAAGCUGCUAUAAAGAGGUUUCUAACAGCAAAGCAUACAUCCAAAAAAAUCCCAAUGAUUACAACGACAAAGAAUAA